AAGAGUUUCCGAACGAAAUCAUAAAUCGUCGUUACCAUGACAAUGACAGCUAUUCCAAUUUCAAACAAACGUCAAUACAUUACUGGUAUUCGCAUUUUUACCCAAACAUUAUUUCGAAAACUCGAAUUGUUAACAAAAAUGGCUGAUAGAACCAAAAUAUCGGCUGCACACUCUAAAAAUACGAUAAAACCGAAGCGCCCAUCAACAGUUACGGCGACAUCGUCCCGAACAAAACUAAUACCAAAAGAAAAAAUUGUUCGUGGAAAGAAACCUAGUGCGAACGCAACAGCUUUAGAAGCGGAUACCACAAUUUUGAAUACAGAAUUCCAUGGAUUUCCGGAUUUUGAUACAGAGAAAUACCAAAUUGCUUAUGGUGAGAUUUUACGCGCGAUGUUGGAAGAUUGCGUGUUUGACGAAGCUGUGGAACGCGAAGAGACGGUGAUGGACCUACAAAUGUCGCAACUAGCUGACAGGUUCCAAAAAACUGUGGAAUUAUUGGAUAAAACUAAUAGGAGGCUGAAGGAUAUGUCUUUUGAGGUUGAACAAAAAAGAUUGUGCGAUCUAAAAAGUUCCACAAACAACGAAUUCAUAAAAGCAACUGAAAAAUCAGAUGCGGCAACCAUUCUCAACACACUGAACACUACGGAACAAGCGUACUUAGACCGUAUCGAACUCAACAACGUUGAUUUUGGUUACGACAAGACUUCGGGUCACAAACAGUUACUAGAUGCUGUUAACAACGCUAUCGAGGGACUGGAUCAGAUAAAAAAGGAAUAUCAUUUAGAUGUAUCAAAUUUUAAGGAAUUCGAUAAGAAUCAGACGAGUAUUGAAGAAUUGGAAAAAGAUAGGUUUGAUGUUGAGUCUUUGAGAGCGGAUUUCGAUGCGAAGUUUCCGCAAUUCAGUGAGCAGUUGUUGAAAGAAGCGACGGAAAGGAUUGCUAAGCUGAUAGAGUCUGAUGAGGCUGAUGAUAAUGAUGAUGGUGACGAUUGAUAGUUAAAUUGCUACUUAAUAACUUCCCGGUCCUAUUCAUAUGUAAUGUACGCUUAUUUAUGGCCAUUCUAGAGAUAGAAUAUUAACAUAAGCCCCAUAAAAGUAAUGGCAAGUUUCUAUCCAGCAAACCAACAUUACAUACAGAAUUUUGUGUCUGCAUCGUGGACAGUGAAGUGGUUGAUUAAUUUAUUUUUUCUUAAAGCUGGGUACUCACUUAGAAGUGUAGCAUGUAACAUAUCAGAUACGGUAUCAAGUGAGUACGCAGGCACGAGCUCGCUGCGAGCCGCUCGCGCGAGGAGCGCUGUAAGCUCGCAGUGACCCGCCGAGUGGCGGGCACACUGCGAACACAAAGGCGGCUCGCAGUGUGAUCGUGAGGACCGUGGACGAGCCGUACCCACUUGCACGUUGACACCGUAUCUGAUACGUUAGGUGCUAUCCUUCUAAGUGAGUACCCAGCUUAAGACUUUUUGUGGUUUCAACCGCAUCUCUGGGAACUACUGCCCGUAUUGUUAAAACAUAGCCCAUGUCACUCGGGAAGAGUGUAGCUUUCCAACAGUGAAAUAAUUUUUCAAAUCGGUUCAGGACUUUCCGAGUCUUUAGGGUGGUACAAGCAAAAAAAUGUUUCCUCUUUAUUAUUAAAUUAGUAUAGAUAUGUAUUUUUCUUAAUUAUUAUGUGCUGAUAAU